UAUCACAAGGCCUGCAGUGAGCGCACACUUAGCCAGCUUCGACUGUGGAUGGCUUGGGUAAGGGCAGUGUGGCAAGAGAAGAAAAGGCAAGAGGAAGGGACGGUGCCGGACACCUGGGUGGACCCAAACAACAUGUUAUUGUACUGGCCAAAUGUUGCAAAUGCAACAAAAUAUUUGAAGGAACGACGGCCACCAUCUGAUAGCUGGAGAAAGUUUCCACUUGUGAAAGAGAAGAUGAGAUCUGAUUACUUUAAAGAGUGUGACAACUGUGAACUCACAAGUAGUACAGAAGCUGAAGAAGGAUCACUGGAAGUAAAAAGAAGAAAAAUAUCGAAGAAAUUUGAAGACUGUUUGACAGAUCCUAGUUGUGACACUGAUCCACAAUUCGAAGAAGAAGAUAACCUAGGAAAUCGUCAGCUUCCAAACACUAAUGAAGAGCUAGAACUUCCUGUUGCUCCAAGGAAGGUGUCCAAUGCAAGCUCAACAUCUUCUGUUUCGUCCAGGGGAUCAAGCUCUGGCUCUCCAUUGCCACUUGAAAAACAGACUUCAAAAGCACAGGCACCUGUGAAAACUAAUUCAUCACAAGAAAGCAGGCAAUCUGGGUCACCUGUUGAUCAACAGUCCAGCAGCUCCAAACAAGAUGGAAAACGCUCCCCAUACCCAAUGCAAGAAGCAAAAUUCCAGAGAAAAGUAAUGGAGAUGCUUGUAGAAAUCCGCGAAGACAUCCGCUCAUUAAAGAACAGUGUGGGUGGUGCAGAAAUGCAUACUGUCUCAACGAUUCCUGCCCAGUCCUCAACUGUUGAGGAACUUAAUGUCCUUGAUAAAUCCCUCAACUGCUUGGAUGAGAAGCUGAGACUGACUGAUAGCUUGUCCAAAGUUGGAGGGAUACACCUGAAGGACAAUGUCAAGAGGGUCAUGGAGAAGUUGAUGACAAAUGAGGUCAUGGCCCGUUUCAAUAUGAAGGGGGGCAAGGGGAAGCUUGCUUUUACCAAGCUCAAUCUUUACACUGUUGUCUCAGAGAGUGUCCAGAAAACAUCCAAGGAGACAGAGGCAUAUAUUGCAGCAGCCAUCGCCUUUUGUUUAAAAUAUGCCCCAGACAGGGUGGGUGGAGGUGGCAGGAAAAAAAGCUGUGAAUAAAACUGAUGUUAAUAUGUUUUGAAAAAUAUUCAGUUCCAAUAAGGUUUCUGUUAAAAAAAUUUUUUUUGAAAAUGUUCUGUUCCAAUUAUGUUAAUAAAACAAAUA